AUGACGAGAUCCACCUGCCAGUUCGCGUUGAAGAACAGCACAAAUUCAUCCAAUGCCUACGCGUACAUUACUGGACUCGACCUCAAUCAGAACAAUGUACCUCUUCUGAUACAAUCGGAUGGACAGACUGUGUAUCAUCCAACAUCGCCAUCUCAGCCAUUGCAGGCGCUCUCAGCGGACUGUGCCAUAUCCCUUGGCGCCCCUGGUUCAACAAGAACCGUGACAAUUCCAAGAAUUGCAGGAGGUCGUAUAUGGUUCGUCCUUGAUGGACAGCUCACAUUCUUGGUGAACCCCGGCCCGGCUAUCGUUGAGCCAAGUGUCACAAACCCAAGUGAUCCGAACUAUAACCUUUUCUGGGGAUUCUGCGAGUUUACCUUCAACGACUAUCAACUAUUCGUCAACAUCAGCUACGUCGACUUUGUCAGUCUGCCAAUCGCACUUGAUCUGAAGAACGACAGCGGCGCCGUCCAAUCUGUCAAAGGACUGGUACCUGGUGGUCUGGAUACUGUCUGCAACAAGCUCGUCACGCAGGACAACAACGACCAUGCCGGCUGGAGCAAGCUGAUCGUCAAGGCCCAAAACGGCGCCAAUCUGCGAGCUCUGAGCCCGAACGGCGGCAUCGUCAUGAACAACAGCCUGUUCAAAGGCUACUAUCAAUCCUACGUCGAUUCCGUGUGGCAAAAGUACUCAUCAGAGGCCCUGACCGUCAACACCCAAGCCCAAUGGGGCAACGUAACGGGCAAGGUGAUCAGCGGCAAGCUGACCUUUGACGGCGUGGGGACCUUUGCUCAGCCCUCGGCGGCAGAUAUAUUCUCGUGCAGCACGGGGCCCUUCGGUGGGUACCAGGGCAACCAGGCCGAGAUGGGCGCCAUUGGGGCGCGCCUGGCAGCGGCCUUCAACCGCUCGACGCUGCUAGUUAACUCCCAGCAGCCCGAGGGUGAGCAGGUCGGCAACUACUACCAAAACGCCGUCACAAACCACUACUCGCGCAUCUGCCACGAGACCAACGCCGAUCUACGCGGCUACGCUUUUCCUUACGAUGACGUCGGUUCCUCGAGCGGCGGCGACCAGUCCGGAAGCGUAUUUGAUGGUGCUCCAGCACUGCUCACCGUGACGCUUGGCGGGACUGGCACCUCCAGCAGAAGGUCGUCAAGCAGGAAGGCCCACCAGCUGCACCGGCCCCUGCGGCCACACCGACGCAGGAGAGGAGGAGGUCGGGUCUGGGUGGAUUGA